CUGACAGUAAACCGGCUGUUGCCACUUGUCGUUAUAACCUUUAAAAAAUCACAUACGAAAAACCAAAACAUUUGUAGGAUUAUUUUCUAUUAAAUAAAUUUACACAAAACAGCAUUAUUUUGAAUAAACAAUGGCAGACGAAUGGGCAGAAUACGUAAAAGACCCAAGAAUGGUAUGUAAAUACGCCUCUAAAUGCUAUCAAAAGAACCCCGAACAUCACAAAAACUUUAAGCACCCACCAUUAAAUAAAAGGAAAGAUAAUCGAAAUAAGAGACGGUUUUCUCCGUACACGAGGGAUAGCCCUAGAGUAUCCCCAAAUCCUUCUAGCAAAGACGAGUCUUCUGAAAAAACGGCGGGAAGCGAUGAAAGUAACAAUAAAAAUGAAACAUCAGUUUCUGAGGACAGUGUACAAAGUGAUCAGCUAGUUCCCGACCUUCCAAAAGAUAUUACAUUUUAUGAUAAAGAAACAGACCGCGAUGUUUUAAAAGAACUGUUCUUGGUAGAGAUGCCUGAAGACUUUUUUAAAUUUUAUGAAUGUGUCAGUGAUGGUGGCAAAUCAUUUGAAGACGCACUAGCAAGUGUAAAUUUGGUACCUAUUGGGCCUUAUGAGUUAAUUAUUGGGAAACUACCUAAAUUGGAAGACAAAGAGUUGUAUUUAGCUCACUGGAGAUUCUUUUAUGAUCCUCCUGAAUAUCAGGCUGUACUUAAAAAGAGUAAAACCAGUGAAUACCACAUAGGUUACUUCCGUGAUGAUCCUGAUCAGACACCAGUGUUUGUGGCCAGUAAUGACAGCAAAAAGGAUUGCCGCCUUGCCCCCAUGGCUGAAAACAUUUUUGGAGCUGUGUAUCAGUAUCUGCAAAACGAAAAGAAACAGUCACCUUUUACUUCUAUGGCCUGUCAGAAACUAAUGGAAAAAAUAAAAGCAUUUGCCGAUGAAAACAAAAUAUCUUUAGAAGAAUACACUAUGAAGAAGAGAUCUCCACAUAUGGUCACCAGGUCAUUCCAUGGGGCAGGCAUUGUUGUACCUUAUAAUAAAAAGACUCAAUUAGGUUACAGACAUUUAGUAGAAACAGAUGCAAAUCUCAAGAAACUCUUUGCAAGUCUAGAGAAAGCAUCAAACCAGAAUGAUAAAGACAAAAUCUUAUCAGAACUUCAGCCUGUUAUAACUUAUGCAAGUAUAGCCGUAGACGAAAGUGACUUUGGUACUGGUGUUGAAGUGGGGAUAGCUUUAUUCUGUUCUGGGUUGAAGGAACUUGAACCUAGCGCCUUGAGUAGCCUCACUGCGGCAUACAGUGUUUUAAACAGAAGUGCAUUCGCUGAAAUAAUUAAGGCACAUUUGAAAUAUCGACGCAAGGGACCUAAUAUGUCUGUGUUAAGUUUUAAGAAGUAAACAAAACCAUGCCGAAAUGUUGAUAAAAAACAUGUAAAAUAAGAAUCUUGAAGUGAGUAAUUGAUUUCCUGUGUCAAUUAUUUAACUUCAGCAUGACUUUGUGAGCUUGAAGUAUUGUCUUUUUAAAUAUAAGCAUAACUGAGGUACAUUCUAAAAAAGAAACCUAAAAUACGCUUAAGAAUAUCCUAUUUAUCUGACUAUAAGUAUAAUUUUCAGAAUCGUUUAAAUCAUUUAAUAUAUUGUAACAUAAACUAUGCCUAAUUGCUGGUCAGUAAAAGAGGCAAAAAAUACGAGAGCAGAAUUUACUUUUCUCCUGAAUUCAUCCAAUUGUAACUUGCUUUAAGUUUGCUAAUUUUAAUAAAAAAUAUUUUUUACUUUAA